CUGCCGGGGAGGGUGCGCUUCAGCGCCUGGCAGGGCCAUCGUGGGCGCCAGUGGGGUUCCUGCUCUUGGAGCUUUCCGUUGCUGUCGGCCCUCAUGGCCUUUGCGCCCAUGGGGCCCGAGGCCUCGUUCUUCGCAGUUUUGGACCAACACAGGGCUUCCCUGCUGGCCGCCCUGAGGAGAGGCGGUGGGGAGCCCGCGGGCGGGGGCACGCGUCUGGCCUCGAGUUCUGAGGUUCUUGCAUCUAUAGAAAGUGUUAUCCAAGGCAUCAUCACAAGCGUGGCAAGGAAUGAAGCACCUGCAUUCACAAUUGAAAAUAGAUCAAGCUGGGAAAAUAUAAAGUUUGAAGAUUCUGUGGGUCUUCAGAUGGUAUCUCAUUGUACCACAAGAAAAAUCAAAAGUGAUUCACCAAAAUCAGUUAAGAAUUUUGCCCUGAUUCUUAAAAUAUUGUCCAUGAUUUAUAAAUUAGUACAGAGCAACACUUAUGCAACCAAAAGAGACAUAUAUUAUACUGACAGCCAACUCUUUGGUAACCAGACUGUUGUGGACAAUAUUAUCAAUGACAUUUCUUGUAUGCUAAAAGUGCCGAGGAUGAGUCUACAUGUAUUAUCUACAUCAAAAGGUUUAAUUGCUGGCAACUUAAGGUAUAUGGAGGAAGACGGCACGAGAGUGCAUUGUACCUGUGGUUCCACAGCUGUUGCUGUGCCAUCUAAUAUUCAAGGAAUUCGAAAUUUAAUUACAGAUGCAAAAUUUCUAUUAAUUGUAGAAAAAGAUGCAACAUUUCAGCGACUCCUAGAUGACGACUUUUGCAACAGAAUGUCCCCAUGCAUCAUGGUUACGGGAAAGGGGGUACCUGAUCUGAACACAAGACUUUUGGUCAAGAAGCUGUGGGAUACAUUUCACAUUCCUGUUUUCACUCUUGUCGAUGCCGAUCCACAUGGCAUAGAAAUAAUGUGCAUCUACAAGUAUGGAUCUAUGGCGAUGUCUUUUGAGGCCCAUAAUCUCACAGUUCCAGCUAUUAGAUGGCUUGGUCUCCUCCCUUCCGAUAUUAAGCGGUUAAAUAUACCUAGAGAUACUUUAAUUCCGCUGACAAAACGGGACCAGAUGAAACUUGACAGUGUCCUGAAAAGACCUUAUGUUACUUGCCAACCAUUUUGGAGAAAAGAAAUGGAAAUAAUGGCAGAUUCUAAAAUGAAGGCAGAAAUUCAAGCUUUGACCUUCCUAUCAUCAGAUUAUCUUUCCAGAGUGUACCUACCUAACAAAUUAAAAUUUGGAGGAUGGAUAUAA